AUGACAAUAUCAGAAGUCCUUGAUACAGGCAACAAGUCAGUGGCAUUGUAUGUUCCAAUAGGCCCUCAUUUUUCAGCACUCAGUCAAGUACUUCACAAUUACAUCUAUCGCCGGUGGUUCCAGCCGUAUCAAAGCGAGAUCGAAUGCCACCGCUUCCUCUGCAAGGUUAUCACACCACCAGACCUACCUUAUGACUCUUCACCAUCAAAGACAACCAUCAGCAGUGUUGUCGCCUUAAACAGUGUCAUCUGCGCCGAGGUGCAGGCACGUCACCAGGCUUACGACGAGUUGGUUGCUUCAGGCCAGGAAAUAGAGGGCUGGCUACCUGAGAAACUAAACGACCACAGGCUACAUGUCCUCCAGCCGCUGUUUCAAGCCCUACUUGUCAUCGUUUGUGCCGACAGCUAUCGAAGCGAGAACUCAAAAACCGUUGGCAGGCUUCCUGUGCUUUUAGUGCGUACAGGUAUCGAGGAGCGUCUUAGUGCGCCUAUUACCUUUGAAAGCAUUGUCGACAAGGUUGAUGUCGGAGUAGACUCUGGGAGCACUGUUAGGACCACUCUCGAGACAGCGGUUGAUUUCGUCAUGAGCUUGGAGGCCCGGGAAGCUGCCGCAUUUGGUCUUCAGCCCGAUCCCAUAGCUGCGUGGGAAUCUGUGUCGAAAGACAUCACGCGCUGGUGGAAAGAAUACCUUGGAGAUGAGCCUGUGGUUGGCCCUAGCUCUACAUUUGUCGAUUCUAGCAUGUGUUCAGAAUGGGGUGGGUUCGGCGAAGAGUAUGAAAGCCGAAUGAUGGCUAUGGAUGAAAGUCGGGUGCUGCGAAGGGAAGCUAAGAGGCUAUCGGGUGAUUUAGUGUCAAUUCUACCAAACUCCUUUUCUAAUGAGACUUAA